AUGAUCGCGAGUAAUGAUGAUGCUGCCGUAGAGGAAUUAAAGAUGCUUUUGAAGUCCGAAUUCAAGAUAAAGGAUCUUGGUCCAGCUCGAUUUUUUCUAGGCUUAGAAAUUUCUAGAUCGAGUGAAGGUAUCUUUGUUUGUCAGCGCAAAUAUGCACAGAAUCUUCUUGAAGAUGCAGGUCUCCUAGGUUGUAAGCCGAGCUCUGUACCAAUGGAUCCAAACCUACGUCUUACCAAGUAUAUGGGAAAACUGUUAUCUUCUCCUACGUCCUACAGAGAAAUUAUUGGACGACUUCUUUACCUCAUUAUCACCAGGCCAGAUAUCACAUAUGUCACUAUGCAACUUGUAAGGAAACAAGACACUCGAUCACAGGUUAUUGUGUCUAUCUUGGCUCUUCACUCAUCUAUUGGAAGUCUAAGAAGUAGGUUGUUGUAA